AUGGCCACCGGCCAUCCUCAUGUAACCGCAUUACCACCCGAGCUCUUCACAAACGUUUUGUCACUGCUGGACGCACAUGAUUUAUGCAUCUGCAAGACAGUCAGUCGGUAUUUCUCGAUGACGAUCCAAAGCGUGCCAGCCUUGCAGUAUAUUAUCGAGCUUGAGCUUGCCGGAAUGGUAGAUGAACCAUUGUGUCCUCUAUUAACUGCGGAAAAGUUGGCACGACUACGCUCUUUACAACACAUGCGCCGACACAUGAAGUUAGUGCGGGGACCAAGUAUACCGUACAAUAGGAUGAAGCCUUUCAAGACGAGCCCAGGCCUUCUUAUACAAUGCAACGAUAGGGAUGGGAUUGAAUUUUGUCAAUUCCCUAGCACUAUACUCGGCAAUGAAGAGCGCAGGUGGACAAUCGAUGCAGCCAGCCUUGGCGUCGUGAUUCAAGACAUUUGUGUGGAUCGCUCACAAGAUCUCCUCAUCCUAGUAGGACUCCCGUCCAUACCAGAUGUCUCGGGACACCACGGCGGACUAAUGCUUAUCCUAUCAUUGUCUCAAGAUGGUGAUCCACAUUCUCUCGCCGCCCAAAGUCGAAUUGUGAUGCAAAAUGUCGACUCACGGUUGAUGCACAUUGAGGGUGACCUUGUGGGGAACCUCGUUGGCAUACCGGAAUCGUUUCUGUACGGCCAUAUUGACAUACGGAGUUGGAAAACGGGGGAAUUCCUUUGGACCAAUGAAUCGUUCCAGAUCGCGUUGCGUGAUAAUUCAACGGGCGGCCGAUAG